UCAGACGGUUUGUUUACCGGCUGUUUGUUGUCUGUUUGUUUCAGUAAACACUCGUCGGUUCGGUGAGUUUGUCAGAAAUCAGAGUUUUAAUUUGGAGCUGCAGCUUCACAGGAAGUCAGCCGGAGACUCGUCCUGCUGCAGGUCACUGACGGCAGCUUCACUGUUCGUGGUCCUGCAGGUGAACUCAGAUGUUCUCGACAUGUGGAGGUGAGGAAGUGACGCCAGAAAACCAUGAUGUGUCGGGUCAGAGGGAUGUUUCCUCUUUUAAGAGGUCGAACUGGAAACCAGAGAUCCUGGUCCUGGUCCUGGUCCAGCAGGUUCUUCACGGAUUCUGGCAGCAGCAGUGCAGGUCUGGUCCUCCAGUCUCGCUCCACCGAUGUUCACCAGAACCUGGCUCUGGAGGACUGGAUUGACGCCAACGUGGACCUGCAGCGCCGCAGCGUCCUGCUGCUGUGGAGGAACCGGCCGGCCGUGGUCAUUGGGCGGCACCAGAACCCCUGGGCCGAGUGCGACCUGAAGGCCAUGAGGAGGGCAGGCAUCGCUCUGGCGCGGCGGCGGAGCGGCGGCGGGACGGUGUUCCACGACCUCGGGAACCUGAACCUGACGUUCUUCGCGUCCAAGAAGGCGUACGACCGGCAGAGGAACCUGAAGGUGGUGACCGAGGCGCUGAGGAGGCUCCGACCCGAACUGGACGUCCGGGCCACUGACCGACUCGACAUCAUACUUAAUGGACACUACAAGAUCUCAGGCACCGCGUCCCGACUCAGCCGGCAGUCCUCCUACCACCACUGCACGCUGCUCCACUCGGCUGAUCGCUCCGCCCUCUCUGCGGUGCUCCGCCCCUCCUGCCCUGGUAUCCAUAGCAACGCCACGCCCAGCGUCCCCUCGCCCGUCGCCAACCUGAUAGACCACGCCCCCUCGCUGCAGUGGGAGGAGCUAGUGGAAGGCGUGGCAGAGCAGUACAACAAAGAGUUCUGCUUCAGUUCUGGGACCGUUCUCGUCGACCCGUCCGAUGAGACUCUGUUCCCGGACGUCGGCCGUCUGGAGGCGGAGCUCCGAGGUUGGAACUGGACGUUCGGGAAGACGCCCAAGUUCUCGGUGGAGACGCAGCUGCAGCUGCCGGAGGCCCGACGCUCCGGCCGGCUGCAGGUGGACGUGAAGAACGGACGGAUCGACGGCUGCAGCAUCGACGCUCCGGCGGACUGGAUCUGUGAGCGGCUGAGCGGAGAGCUGAGCGCCGUUCUGGUCGGAGAGAGGUUCUGUCCGAACGCAGCCGCCGCCGCCGUCGCUGCGCUGCUGCGCUGCGAGAACCGACGAAUGAGGGAGCUGUGCGCCGCUGUGCUGCAGGUGAUGGGCUGAGAGUAGCCAAUCAGAGAGCAGCGCCACCGCGGCCAAUCACAGAGCAGCACUGCCCCCUGCUGGAGGAACUGUGGCUGGUUCUGCUGAGAACAUGAGAAAGUUCACCUGUGAACGUUGAAGCACUUUGAGAUUUGAUCACACUGACAAUAAACACGUGACUGUGAGAACGUCUCUGAUGUUUGGAGCUGAAGAACCGGGUCCAUACAGAACUCUGAGAACAGAACCAGGUGGAAGCUUCAGAGGCCAAAAGUCUUUCAGAAUGUCUCCAAGCUGCCAGAAAUAAUCAGACAGGUUCUGUUCAUUUCUGGAUCGUUGUGUGUUUUUUGCGUUCGUGUGGUGAUUUUGUGUCUUCAUGCUAAAAGCUGUUCCGUGUUGACAGAACCAGGAUGGACACACGGUUCCGAGUCUGGUUGGAGAAAAACCCAAAACAAAUAAAACCGUCAGUCUGGACCACAUUUAGGUCGAUUUCUAAUUCAA